AUGGACCCCGCUGGAUCUGCACCCGCCGCCAACGACGACCAAGCGCUGAAUGCGAUGCACUUCAUUAGUGCAAUUCCAAAGCUGACGGGACAGAACUAUGUUCUGUGGCGCGAGGAACUUGAUGCUGCUCUAGCACUUGCUGAGAUAGAUUUGGCUCUUCAGGAGCCAAAGCCCACUGAGCCAGAGGAGCCCGAAAGGGCUCAGAAUGAGACCGAUGAAGCUUUUGCUAAUCGGAAGCGAGACUUUGCUCCCAUCAGAGCAAAGUAUGAUCUUGAGAAGUACAAGUGGGAAAAGUCAAACCGCAAGUGCAAGAUUGUCAUCAAGAAAACCAUCACAGAGGGCCUAAGAGGUGCAAUCCCAGAAUGUGACACAGCAAAAGAAUAUCUUGAGAAAGUGAAGAAUCAGUUCACUGGUUCAACCAAAGCUCAUGCUUCCACCCUGAUCCAGAAACUCACUAACAUGAGGUUCACAGGGGGGAGUGUGAGAGAGCACAUUCUGAGCAUGAGCACCAUGGCAGCCAAGUUAGAGAAGCUAAAGAUGCCCCUCGCUGAUGGUUUCCUCAUUCACCUAGCUCUAAACUCACUUCCUAAAGAGUAUGAGACAUUUGUUGUUAACUACAACACACAGCCAGAGGAGUGGGAUUUAGAGAAGGUGAUUGCUAUGUGUGUGCAAGAGGAAGAAAGGCUCAAGAAUGCAAAUGGUGGUUCUGUGAACUUUGUGAAAGGAAAGAACAAGAAGCCAUUCUACAACAAGAAAGCUCCAGAUGCCUCCACCUCCCAGAACAAGGGAGGAAGCACUUCACAGCCUAAAGCACACCCAAAGCAAGACAACCAGCACAGGCAGGAGGACCCGGAUCGCUGUAGAUGGUGUAAUGAGACAGGGCAUUGGAAGCAUGACUGCCCUAAGUUCAUGAAACAUUGCCUAGUGAAAGGGAUUCAGUGGAGGGAGAACCCUUCAAAGAGGAGAAAGACAGAUUAAGGUGGCCACUGGUGUUGAAGCUGAAGUUCAAGCUAUAGGAAAUUUAUCUCUAGAUUUAGCUAGUGGCUUCACCCUUGAGUUGCAUGAUGUUCUUUAUGUUCCCUCUUUAGCUAGAAAUUUAAUUUCAGUUUCAUGUUUGUCAGACUAUGGUUUUGAUUGCCAUUUCAGCAAGAAUGAUUGUAAGCUACAGUUAAAUAAUAAAUGUGUGGGUCUUGCCUUCCGACAAGACAAACUUUAUUUAUUA